GAUUUGACCGCGGCGCUGGUGGCCGCCUUUACGCAGAGGCUGGAGCAUCAGACGCACGGUUCACGCUUGCCUCCUUGGCUCGGUUAAUUUAGCGCUCAACUGGACACACACGCUCCGACAAAACGCUGCCGGAAUGCCUUCGAAUAAAAACAUGCAAGGAGGGAAAGCCUUCGGGCUGUUAAAGGAGCAGCAAAGGCAGAAACUGGAGGAAAUAAACAAGGAAUUCCUGGAAGACCAGAAGUACCGGGAUGAAGAUGACCUUGGAGAGAAGUUGGAGGGCUUCAAAAAUAAAUAUGCUGAAUUUGACCUGAAUGACCAAGGCGAGAUUGAUCUGAUGGGCUUGAAGCGGAUGAUGGAGAAGCUGGGCGUUCCCAAGACCCACUUGGAGCUGAAGAAGAUGAUCAUGGAGGUGACGGGCGGCACCAGCAGCAACACCAUGGACUACAGGGACUUUGUCAAGAUGAUGCUGGGCAAGCGCUCGGCCGUACUCAAACUAGUCUUGAUCUUCGAGGACAAAGCCAACGCGGCGCCCUGCAAGCCGGACGGCCCCCCUCCAAAGCGGGACAUCGCCAGCCUGCCUUAAACUCCUCCACAGACCCCAGAGAGUUCAGUUUCCUCACCACACUGGAGUGUUGCGUCAUCCCCGGGACCACUGAUGGACAAAGGAGGUUAUUUUGUCACGUACGGUGCGUGCAAGGUGUCCCCUUUUUAAUUGUUCUCUAUUUUUGUUUAGAUUGUUUGGAUCACUAAAUGAUGUUUGACUGUGAAUAUUCUUCUUUAAUAAGAUGUAGCAUCCAUAGUGUACAUGUAAUCUCCACACUUUUUUAUAGUUGAGUGUUUGAUGGUGGUGUAUUAAGGGAAGAUGCUUUUUUUUUUAGAAAUGCACAAGCAGCUUUCUUCAACCCAUUUCCCCCCUAGCAGCCUCGCAGGGAUUCUCGCCAUGCUGGUCUGGUCCGCAUCGGGCCUUUGAUCAGGCGCCAGAGAUUACAGGGGAUGGCAUACUGAUCUGGAAUCAGUAACUAGCUUAUCGCGUAUCCGCCUGGUGAAAUAUUUCUAUGCGUUUGGAAGGCGGUUGCGGUUUGAGGUGAAGCACACGGUGGUAAACGGUACAGGCACGCUUGUAAUAACACACAGCAGCACAAUCAUGUUCUUUCCAAGUGCCUCAGUGCGGAUCCACGGAGGGAAAACAGCAAGAGAGAGCGUGUACACAUAGCAGUAAAUAACUCCACAAACCCAUGAAGGUGUGUACUUUGAUAUUUAAGAUGAACUUUGUUUUACUUUGUACAACAUUCUGAGUGAGGGGGAAAAAAAAAAAAAAAAAGUGGUGUGACUCCCUCCCCCGUUCCCCUUUUUUGGUAACUCUUUUAAUUGUCAUUGUAGAAGUUGUUUACUGAACCUUUAGGUUGUUUAUGCAAGUCACACAAUGUAGUUUAACAUGUCACCACCAUGUUUCCUUCCAUGCGGGCUCAUUGUUGCGUGUAUGCUGUGAUUUGUGCCUCCGUUCCUCUCCACUCUUCCAUUCUCCUCCUCCCUUUCGCACUAUUUACUGUGAAACUUUCCUCUACUAUUUUAAGAUCAUACUAAUGAAUUUUUAAGCUGUAAUUUUGUUUACAGUGUGCUCGGUGGUAGUGUUGUUUGAGAUGCAUAUUUUUUUUUGCAGACACCAAAGGAAUUAAACAUUUCUUCACA